CUUGGUAAAAGCGAACUCGGUAGUAAAUCUAUUCAAGUUUGUACACUUUCAAUUUUAACCACCAAAUUUGUUUAUUAACCAUACAAAAAUAGUAUAUACUUUUUUAUUCUAUUAUAUUUUUUGUCUUCCUACUUUGACGAUUCGUCUUCUUUCAGUUGUUCCAACUGACCUACGUUAUUGACUUCUUAUUUUCUGUACUACCUAGUUUAGUAAGUGUGUUUUGACACCUUCGAACUAGCAGGGCCUUUAUAUUUCAAGUCUUAAUAAAUAUUUAGAAGAAAAACAACAUGUCAGCCCGAAGUCGGAGAUCUGGAAGAGAGAAGCCUUCCAGGAGAACCACGUCUGAUAAUAAUAGUAACGUAGACUCGGACGUGUUAAGUGUCUCUACAAAGGAGGAAUUGGGCGAUAAUGCUCUUGCAGCGGAGGAGGGAGACUCUGUAUUGAAGGAGCAAGAACUGGAGGAAAGCUUGGAAGGAAACGACGACGAGGAAGAAGGUGGGGAUGACGAUUUUGAGGAAGAAGACGAAGAAGCCGAGGAAGACGAGGAAGAAGAGGAAGAAGAAGAGGAGGAAAGCAAUGUUAGUCCACCUGUGAAUUCCAGAAACAAAAGAGAUAGAAACGCAUCAAAACGGAAGGUGAAUUAUAUCGAGUCCGAUCCAGACGAAGACGAACGAGAAAAUGAAGUCGAUGAGGAAGAUCUGGAUGAAGAAGAACAAUUAGAAGAUGAAGAGGGGAAUAUCACUGAUAUGAAGGAUAUGUAUUCAAACGGGGUGGCUCCAGGAGCAACGGAUUCAUCAAGAAUGACAAAGAGGCAACGGGCCCUCCAGGGUGUACUAGGAGAGGGCGAAGAAGAUGAUAUGUUGGAACUCCCACCGGAAACUUCUGGUCGUAAAAAGCUGACUGAGGAAGAAAUGGCUCUGCGAAGAGUGGAAAAUGCAAGGAGAAGAAAGAAUCAAAGUGAGAAAAAAUUAGAGGAAGAGAAAAUGGAAACCAUUAACCGUCUUUUAAAGAGACAGUCCAAUACAGAUAAGCCUCGACGUGGUCGUGCACCAACGUUAGCCCAGGAGGAUAUAGGAGCACCCAAAAAAGUCAUCAAAAAACCCAAGGUAUCUAUGCAUCAACCCUUUCAAUGUAUUCGGUGGGUUAACAAUAAAGAAGGCAGCCGCGCAAUUAUACCGGAUUCCUUGUACCCAUUCUAUCAAAAGUGAAGCCGUGAACUCCUCCUAGUCUUGUACAUGUUUUAACUCCAUUUUUCAUACAUCUUUACAUUUUAAUGAGGAUAUUAUUCAUGAUUUUUGCAUCUAUCCAUGUCUACCUUUAACACAUCAAAUAAUCUUGCACAACAAAAUUGUCACUGCACUCGGUAAAAAGGGAAAAAAGUAUGAAACGGAAGCCAUAAGAAAAUUUUCAUUUCGUUUUCUUCCACUAGUAAAAGUAUAAGUUACACUACUGUUUUUCUUCUUGUAAUAUAAAAUUUUUAUUGUUUUAUCUUCACCUUGGUUGCAUUCGUAAUCCUGAACCAAUAUUUCGUUAGCUUAUCUGAUUGCAAAC